UUCCUCUCUUUUGGGAACUCCGUAGACUCCUCCAGUGCUGCUGCUGUGUUGGAUGAGGCUGAUGCAAGGGAUGCUCCCCGUGUCGGACAAAUAGUGUUGGCCACACAUCCUGUGUCAUGCAGCUGAUGGGUCUGCUGUCGGAGCUGAUGGUCACAGCCAGGGCUGAAAUCCUUUAUUAAACAAAACAGUCAAGUAAUCCGGGAAGGUUGGAGCCAUUUGCAAGAUCUUUUGAGUUUAUUGCUCACCCUGCCAAAAAAAAAGUCACCAUUUGGGACCACAGCCUGCUGCAAACGGCUGCCAUGGCUAGCAAAAGAAAGUCAACAACUCCCUGUAUGGUGCGAACUUCUGAAGUGGUGGAACAGGAAGUCACGGAGCCUGUAGAAACUCCUAAAGAGAAGGGGGCUGGCACACUGCAGCAGGAUGCUAAAAAACCUUGGCCUUCAGAAAGCUCAGUAAAAGACUGUGAAGUGGUUGAGGCAAAGCCCCCAGCUGAAAAUCAGUCUAAGAAACCCCAGGGUGGUUAUGAGUGUAAAUACUGCCCUUACUCUACACAAAACUUAAAUGAAUUUACAGAGCAUGUUGACACUCAGCAUCCUAACGUCAUUCUCAACCCCCUGUAUGUCUGUGCCGAAUGCAAUUUCACAACCAAAAAAUAUGAUUCUUUAUCUGACCACAACACAAAAUACCACCCGGGAGAGAGUAACUUUAAACUGAAAUUAAUUAAACGUAAUAACCAGACUGUUUUAGAGCAGUCCAUUGAGACCACCGGUAACGAUGUCACUGUCACGAGCAGUGGGCUAGAAAAUGCAGAGUGUGAGGAUUCGCUUCAUGGGGGAAUUAGUGUGAGUAAAACACCGAUGAUGAAGUUAGGAAAACCUAAAGGGGAAACCAAGAAGGGUCCCAAAAAGCCAGAAGAGGGAGUUACGGAAAACCACAUGGAUGGUGCUCUCCCCCGCAUCAUAACUGAAGCCACUGAAGCUAUUGCUUGUAUAAAUGGAGACCUCCUCCAUGACGUGUUAGCUCAUGUUAUGCCCUCUGUACAGCUACCACCAAAUAUUAACCUUGUCCCCAAGGUCCCGGUACCUCUCAAUAGUACCAAAUAUAACUCUGCACUGGACACUAACGCAACCAUGAUCAACUCCUUUAAUAAGUUCCCUUACCCGACACAAGCAGAAUUGUCAUGGUUGACAGCAGCCUCAAAACAUCCAGAAGAACAGAUCCGAAUCUGGUUCGCUACUCAACGUUUGAAGCAUGGCAUCAGCUGGUCUCCUGAAGAAGUGGAGGAGGCGAGAAAGAAGAUGUUCAACGGUACUAUCCAGGCAGUUCCCCAAACCAUCACCGUCCUGCCAGCUCCUUUGGCAACGGCAAAAAUCCCCCCUCCCAUCAUCCAGACAGCUUUGCCCUGUCAGAUACUGGGCCAGACUGGUCUGGUUUUAACCCCUGUGUCAAACGGUUCAGCAGUUUCCUGUUCACCAAUUACGCUUGCAGUUGCCCCAAACCAGGGGCAAAAGAGGACAAUACAGACCCUAGCAAGUGUCCCGGAGGCCAAGCGUCCUCACGUAGUUCAGGUGCCCGAGAGUCCUGCCAAGCUGACCACUGUACCGCUGACACCAGCCAGCGAGCGAAAAAAGACGAAGGAGCAGAUAGCAGAGCUGAAGGCCAGCUUCAUAGCAAGCCAGUUUCCGGACGACACAGAAGUCUACCGGCUGAUAGAGGCAACGGGUCUCUCCCGGAGUGAGAUCAAGAAGUGGUUCAGCGACCACAGGUAUAGAAGUCAGAGGGGCAUUGUGCACGUCACCGGCGAUGCAUUAGGGAAAGAUCAAAUAGCACCUUCUCUGGGUCGGCACGGCCGCUCAUUCCACCCCUAUGCAGAUUUUGCACCCCAGAAGUUCAAAGAGAAAACCCAAGAGCAGCUUAGGGCCCUUGAGGAGAGCUUCCUACGAUGCUCUUUUCCAACCCAAGGAGAAUUGGACAGGCUUCGAGUGGAGACUAAGCUGAGCAGGAGGGAGAUUGAUUCGUGGUUCUCUGAGCGGAGGAAGAUAAGGGACAGCAUGGAGCAAGCUGUCUUGGACUCAAUGGGAUCAUACAGAAAAAUUAAAGAACAAGGAACUCCCAAUGGUGCAAUAAGCCAGGCAGAACUGCUGAAUAGCUCCCAGCUCCCCGGUGCUUUAUCUGCGUCCUCUGCCACAUUUAAGAAAACCCAGGAGCAGAUUCAUCUACUGAAAAGCACAUUUGCAAGAACUCAGUGGCCAUCACCCCAGGAGUAUGACCAGUUAGCAUCUCAAACUGGGCUCACAAGAACUGAAAUAGUUCGCUGGUUCAAGGAAAACCGGUCUUCGCUAAGAACAGGGUCACUUAAAUGGAUUGACCAGUACCAGCAGCAGUACGCUGUUGAUGGCCAUAAUGAACAAAACCAGAAAAAGGGAUCAAAACUCAGUGAGAGUCCAAAGAAUGGUAACGAGGUGUCUCGGCAGCAUUACCAGGAGCAUAAAAAGCUAAAUGAAGAGAACGCGGGGAAAAUGGUGGUGAGAGCAAAAAGGGACUGCGAGCCACUGAAAGACUCUUUGUUGGGGAACCAAGCGGAGGGUGCGGAGAGGCUGGAGUGCAACAGCCACGACGGCCACGGCAGCGAGGAGAACGAGGAGCCGGCGGAGGUCAACUGGGUGGAGGUGACGGUGGGCGAGGAUGACGCCGCAUCGGACUGUACAGACAGCUGGAGCCAGGCGGCCCCCGAAGGCCAGGCAGAGCUGGCAGACUUUGACUCUGAAAGUAUAUCUGGAGACAAUGCCCACGUAUAGACAGGGGUACUCAUCAGCUGCACUGUCCUGACAAUGAAGGGGAAUUCUGCCUGAAAAUAGAACAAAAAUCUAUUUUCCUGCCUGGGGUGAGAUAGUGUGUUGCGACUCCAACUCUCAAACCGUGCUCGCAGAGGCACAGUGAGAAAUACUCUUGUGGAGCACCGUCAUGGGGUUGUUUAUAGUGCCAAAGUCCUACUACUGCAUUGAAAGGAAGAAAGAAAAAAAGGGUCCUUGUAUAUAGGGUUCUCCUUCGCUUCUCUCCUACCCACUUUCCUGCCCAUCCUCUUCCUGUACUGGAACAGAUUUGUACGACGUGGAAAUUUUGUUAACUUUUUAAUAGGUGCAAGUUAUUCUUGCAUAUAAUGCCAUGGCAAAAUUUUAGGGUUGGUUUUGGGGGAGGGAGGUGUUUUUUGUGGGGAGGGGGGAGAAGAGAUUUUUUUCUGAAUCACUGAAUCACAAAACAGCUGAGGUUGGCAGGGCCCCCUGGGGUCCACCUGGUCCCCCCCUGCCCAAGCCGGGACACCCAGAGCAGGGUGCCCAGGGCCACGUCCAGGCGGCUUUUGAAGACCUCCAAGGGAGACCCUACAACCUCUCGGAAGUGUUUGAAGAAAGAUUUGCAAUUUUUGGAAUCUCUUUGGUGCCGAUCGACAUCCCAGAUUCCCACCCCAGCAGCCGUUUACAUUUCAGCCCACGCAAUGCAGUUUGGGUUUAGGGAGGGGUGGUCUGGCUUGGUUGGGGCUUUGUUGUUUUUUUUUUUUUUUCCCUUUUGUUUUGACUUUUUUGUUUUGUUUUAUGGCCAUCUUCUACUGGUUGAAGUAUUUAAAUCUCUGCUUUCCUGUGCUCCUAUGAAGCGAGUCUUCUCCAGCUCCUGUACUUCACUUUUCACAAACGAGGCCAGACCGUGGGUCUCUGACGAUCUGUGCUACAAUGCCUUUUUUUUUUCCUGUUUGUUUGGUUUUAGCACUUUUUGUUUGAACACGCAGUGCAACCCCCAGAGGGGUUGCAGUGAGAAAAUGAAGAUGCUUCGUAAUCUGAACUUGUUUGCGUUUCUUGGGCUGGUACAAGGAUGGACAGCAUAAACACAAGCCUGUCCACCAGCUUUAGAUGUUGCAGCGCACAACAGAAAUUUCUGAUUAAUCCUUGCCACUAAAUUUUUAGAUCAGUUCUAGAUUCCUGAGUGCACUUUUUUCAAGUACUGCUAAUUUUCCUUUGUGCAGGGUGUCUGUAUGUGCGGGUGUGAGGAGGAAGAAGAGGAGGGAGAGCGGGAGCGUGCGUGCGGGAGCGGGUGCAGGAGCCGGCCGCUGGGUUACUCGGACCAGCUGCGUUUUGAAACCUUACCCAUAUUUCAGUACACUGCACAAACACAAUGCUAGGGAGUUUGAAUAAAUCCAAUUUUUCUAACUUGUUGCUCAUUUGUUGUAACUCAAUAAAACAAAAGCUAGACAUUUUGGUAACCUU